AUGGGGAUCCAAUCCGCUCCUUCGCGCUCACCUCUGACCUUCGUGGUCCCGACCAUGUCCCCCGCAUUGCGCCCCACCACGGCCCAGCCGGCCGUUGAAAACGAGCCUCCGCCGCCGCCCACCGGCUUGCGCUGGCGCUCCUCAAGGUGGUUCAUCGUGAGCACUGUGGGCAUGGGCAUUUUCACCGACAUGGUGCUCUACUGCCUCAUAGUCCCCGUUCUUCCCUUCAUGCUGCAGGACCGCAUCCAUCUUCCCGCCGACCAGAUCCAGAGCCAAGUCUCAAAUCUUUUGGCAGUCUACGCUGCCGCCUCAGUCGUUUCCUCGCCCAUCACCGGUUUGCUGGCAGACAGAUGGACCUCUCGCCAAAUGCCUUUCCUCCUUGGUUUAUCCAGCCUCUUGAUUGCCACUUUUCUGCUUGCUCUUGGCCAGACUAUUGCCGCUCUCGUGGUUGCCCGUGCUCUCCAGGGUCUCUCGGCUGCCGUCGUUUGGGUUGUUGGACUUGCCCUUCUCGUCGAAACAGUCGGAUCAGAUAACAUGGGGGCCGUCAUUGGCUCGAUCUACAGCCUCAUGACAGUGGGCGGCCUCAUUUCACCCGUCCUAGGUGGUAUCCUGUAUCGCGAGACCGGCUACACUGGUGUCUUCGGCAUCAGCGUUGCCAUAGUUCUCAUCGACUUCAUCAUGCGACUUCUCGUCAUCGAACGCAAGGUCGCAAUGCAGUAUGAGCAACAGGAAACAAGCACGGCGAAGCUUCCGUACGGGCCCGGCAGCAUCAGCAGAGAAACCGCCCCCUUCCCCUUCAACGACACCAACGAAAAUACGCCGCUUCUUGGCCGCCAGCACCCCAAACCAGACCCCCGCUACCGUCUCUCAGCCAAGCACUUGUCAAAGAAAUCAUUCCUUGCCCGCCACGUGCCCAUCCUGGUUCUGCUGCCAAACCCUCGCCUGCUCACCUCCCUUUUAGUCGGAUUCGUCCAGGCUCUUCUCUUCGGCACCUUUGACAGCACCAUUCCCGUUGCCGCCAAGGAAAACUACGGCUUCAACUCGCUGCGCGCGGGGCUCCUCUUCCUCUCACUCGGCUCCUUCGACCUCUUCAUGGGCCCGCUCGCGGGCUGGGCCGUUGACCGCUUCUCGCCGCGCGUCGUCGCCGUCGUCGGCUACGCCUGGCUCACGCCCGUACUGUCGCUCUUCCAGCUGCUCGCCGUGCCCGGAGGCGGCCAUGAGAUCGCCGUCUACUGCGUGCUGCUGUCGCUGUGCGGCAUCGGCAUAGCCAUCGUCAACGCUCCCAGCCUUGUCGAGGCCGGCCUCGUCGUCGACCGCUUCCACGAGGCCAACCCGGAGCUUUUCGGCGCCCGCGGUCCCCACGCCCAGCUCUACGGCUUGAACAGCAUGAUCUGGAACCUGGGCCUCGCCGUCGGCCCCCUGGUCGCUGGCUGGCUGAAGACGUGGCUGGGCUACGGAAACAUGAUGGCCGUCAUGGCCGCGGUGUGCGGUGUCACCGCCGUGCUGUCCUUCUUCUUUAUGGGAAGAAAGGGCGACGGAGAGGACUUUGAGGAGGUGGGUGGCGUUUGA